UGAAAUUUAGUGAAAGUUUGUGAAACUGCAAGUUGAUUUUAGUGUGAGCAACCGAAAACUAGUGGCUCUCCUGGACAGACAUAAAGCAAAACAAUGUACUUGGAUGAGCCUUAAAGAUCUCCUUUUAGAAUACUCUUUUUAAGGAAGAAUUGCAAUUUGAAGAACAUUUGUUCCCAGGAUCAAUUGCCCUUUCUUUACAUAUUAGGUAGUAAAUAAUAUAGGACGGAGUUCAGUUGUUAGCUAACAAAACAAGAUGUCUUCUACGGUUGCUUUCUGGAAAGUAUUAAAUGGUUUUCCAUGAAUUUGUGUUUAACAUUUACGUCGAGGAAUAUUGUUAAAAAAUUAUUUUGGUACUUCAUUUUCGCUAUAUGAAAUGUCCUCUCUAGAUUAAAGAAAAAUCAGUAAUCCUCUUAGUUUCUAAAACCGUUGAUUUUUUUGGCCGAAAAAACUACUUUGCUUAAAAAAGCAACAACAUUUCAUUUGAAAAAUUGCACAACAUUUUCUCUUUGCUCGCCUAGUUGGCCAUGACUUUUUCAUACAAGCAGCGAGUGAAGCAAGAACAAAAGUACGGCAUUUUUUAGAGCGAAGAUGGUGCGCAGCAUUUUUUCACAACGUUAUAAUUACGCGAAAAUACGCGUUAACGAGGCCUUGGAUGAUGUCUUUCGACGCAUACCGAUUUUUCCGAAAAUCGCGAAGCUACCGAAGUUGAAGCGCACCUACUACAUUGCGACACCGAAGCCGAUGGCCGAGAAGAAGAACAAGUUGAAGCCGAAGCACAAGAAAUUGCUGCCUUCCUCCGAGUGGUAUGACAGUGAUUUCAUACCGAUGACAACGCGCUAUGAACUGGAAAUAAUUUUGGAUACACCGCUUAUGGAGCGUCAUUCGGGACACAACUCGAAAGGCACCUUCAGUCAUGUCUAUUGGAAGUCAGCCGACGCGGAGGAGUCACAAGCAAAUGCACAGCUUACAGCAGCGGGCAACGCCAGCAACGCUGAGUCAACGGGCAAAAUGCAAGGGGUCGGUGACAAAUCGCCGUCGAUUUCACAACCGGUGGCAGCAGCAACAAUAACAUCCGGCAAUGCGCUUUCAGCUACAAACGGUACAACACAGCUGGCACAUGGUUACAGUUUGAAAAAGGAGCCAAGCGAACAAGCCGCGCCGAAAUUGCCUGAUACGCCCAAAAGCUUGGCGGCCACAAGGGAAUCGCACGAUUUCGAGUUUGCUGUGCCGGAGCUGAGUAAGCGCCGCCGCAACAAGCAUCUCGAGAAGAGUUACGAAUGUGAGCAAUGCCACAAGAAGUUCGAUCGUCCCUGGGUGCUUCAUGGACACAUGCGACUGCAUACAGGCGAGAAACCGUUCGUGUGCCCGGUGGAGUCGUGUCAAAAGCGCUUCGCAGAUCGCUCUAAUUUGCGCGCUCAUCAACGCACCAAAGGCCAUCACAACUGGAGCUAUCAGUGCCCGCAGUGUACGAAGGCCUUCAGUCAGGAGAAUUACUUGAGUCGCCAUAGCCUGGAGGCUUGUCGUAAAUUUUUAGCCUCGCAUAGAAACGGUUAGGUGCAGCCACUAAUGAAUUUCGUAAAUUGUUGCCAAAGAGUAUUAUUUGUGUUUAUAUUGAAUUCUUUGUAUAGUAUGUAGAUACAUACAUAUAUAAUAGAGAUAUAUGGAUAUUUUGUGAAUUUUUUAUGCAUUUCGUUGAAAUAUAAUAAAUAAAUUGGAUUUCAAAAAUAUGCGACGCAUUGAAACUUUUUCUAAACAGCAACAGUGUUAAGAAAAAUUGUUUUAAGAAUCUAAUUAUAACUUAACCUAAAAACACAAGUAUUUAAAGUAACAACUCAGCAUUUAUUAACGUCGAUGAACCAAUACUUAAAAUCAAUUAACAGAAGAAGUAGUCGAACCUAACCUAAAACUGAAAUAUUUUAGAGAUUAAAGUUUUCCAACCAGAACAAGUAUUCAAAAUAUCGAAAAA